ACAGAGAAGCUUUUACUGGAGGAAUUUAAAUGAAAGAAGGAAUGGCAGCGAAACCAAAUCCAAAAGGUAUAGAGACGAAGAUGAAUUCAUCGACUCUCCGCUCACAUCUAGAAGAAGAGGACUACAGUUCUGCUCCUGAGAGCCCAGUAGAGAAUCAUCAACAAGAGAAAUCUCCUCCUCCUUCUCUUCGUCCUCCUCGUCCUCCUCCAUCUUACGUUUCUGCUCAUGAGAGCCCAGCAGAGAAUAAUCAACGGGAGAAGUCUCCUUCUCGUCCUCCUCCUCUAUCCUACCGUUCUGUUCAUGAGAGUCCGGCACAGAAUAACCAACGGGAGAAGUCUUCUUCUCCUCCCCCUCUUUCUCUAUCCAAGGCGAUCGUGCCCGCCGAUCGAUAUUCCCAUGACCAUGGGUCCUAUCCCUUACUAUCUGCAAAGGAAUUACCGCCGCCGGAGGCCCAAUCGCAGCCACAACCACAACCACAACCACAGCCACAGCAACGGAACGUGGGGGUGAAGCCGGGAUCGCCGGUUGUGGUGGUGAAUAGGUCGAUGAGGGAGGAGAUGGCGGUGGUGACCAAGGUGGAUCCUGGUGGUGAUGGAGUAGGGGAGAGAGGAGAUCGAAGAUCCAAAGCGGUAUCGUCGAUUCUGAAGAAGACGAGAAGAGAAGGGGCAGUGAAGCGGUCGGCUUUGGCGAUUAGGGUAUGUGAGGUGGUCUUCUGCUUGAUUUCCUUUUCCGUCAUGGGCGCCGAUAAGACGAAGGGCUGGGCCGGUGAUUCCUUCGAUCGUUACAAAGAAUACAGGUACUGUAUAUCAGUGAAUAUCAUAGGGUUUGUAUACGCUGGAUUUCAGGCGUACGAUAUGGCGUAUCAUCUUAUCACGGCAAAGCAUAUCAUCCAUCAUCCCCUCCGUUUCCACUUGGACUUUUCCCUUGAUCAGAUGAUGACUUAUCUGUUGAUAUCGGCAUCGUCAUCGGCGGCUACCAGGGUGGACGAUUGGGUAUCAAACUGGGGGAAGGACGAGUUCACAACAAUGGCCAGUGCUUCCAUUGCUAUGUCCUUCCUUGCCUUUUGCUCUUUUGCCAUCAGUUCCCUCAUCUCUGGAUACCAUCUCUGCACCCGCAAUUUUACCUGACC